UCUUCCUCAACAGCAUGGCGGGCAGCGCGUGGAGGUCACUGCUGUCUCAGGCGGUCCGCAGACCGGCUCUGUCUGCAGCGUCCUUCUCCAGAGGGAUGCAGACUGUCACUCUGAUUCCUGGCGAUGGGAUCGGACCGGAGAUCUCGGCUGCCGUCAUGAAGAUCUUCGAGGCAGCUAAAGCUCCAAUCAGAUGGGAGGAGAGAAACGUGACGGCUAUAAAGGGACCAGGAGGACGCUGGAUGAUUCCUCUUGAUGCCAAAGAGUCAAUGGACCGAAGCAAGAUAGGGCUCAAAGGACCUCUGAAGACUCCGAUCGCAGCAGGUCAUCCCUCCAUGAACCUCCUGCUCAGGAAGACCUUUGACCUUUACGCCAACGUGCGGCCUUGCAUCUCCAUCGAGGGCUACAAGACUCCGUACACCGACGUGGACCUGGUCACCAUCCGGGAGAACACGGAGGGAGAGUACAGCGGCAUCGAACACGUGAUCGUAGACGGUGUUGUUCAGAGCAUCAAACUGAUCACAGAGAACGCUAGCAGACGCAUCGCUGAAUACGCCUUCGAAUACGCCCGAAACAACCAAAGAACCAGCGUGACGGCCGUCCACAAAGCCAACAUCAUGCGGAUGUCAGACGGUCUGUUUCUGAGAAAAUGUCGCGAAGUGGCCGAAAACUACAAAGACGUGAAGUUCACUGAGAUGUACCUCGACACUGUGUGUCUCAAUAUGGUUCAGGAUCCGACUCAGUUUGACGUGCUGGUGAUGCCCAACCUGUACGGAGACAUUCUCAGUGAUCUGUGUGCCGGACUCAUCGGAGGACUCGGCGUUACUCCCAGCGGGAACAUCGGAUCAAACGGAGUCGCCAUAUUUGAAUCGGUGCACGGCACGGCCCCUGACAUCGCCGGUCUGGACUUGGCGAACCCCACCGCUCUGCUGCUGAGCGCCGUGAUGAUGCUGCGUCACAUGGGCCUCCACGACUACGGCCAGAAGAUCCAGACGGCUUGUUUCGACACCAUCAGAGAGAAGAAGGUGCUGACGAAGGAUCUUGGAGGAAACUCAAAGUGUUCAGAGUUCACAGCUGAUAUCUGUCGUCGUAUUCAGGAUCUGGACUGAAGCUGCAGGACUCUCCGCUCGCUCUGACAUCACUUCCUGCUUCUCUCUCAGCUCUGUUUACAUUAUAGACAACGUGACUCUGUGAUGACAUCAUCGUCACCGUGGUGACGGGAGGGGGCGGGGCCUCUGCAGCAGCUUCAUAUUGAAACAUUCACAGCCAACAAACGCACAAAUGUCACAUGACCAAGUUGGAAUUACAUCAUUUCAAGAGUGUUUCUUACUAAAGCAUCUUAUUAAUAUUAAUAUAUUUUAUUAAUAUUAAUAUUAAUAAUUACAACACUCCACCUGUGUCUCAGUUUAUUGGAUAUUUAGUAUUUUUUUAACGGUGAACCAGUGUAACCGUUUGAAAUGUCUUAUUUAUUGUUUCUACUUCCUGUUACUUUCUGAGACCAGAAAUACAGAAACGUGCAAAGGUACAUGGACCACAUCUGUUUGUACACACAGACACACACACACACACACACACACACACACACAGACACACACCAGUACAAAGGGCUUCUGAACACAGUAGUGAUCAGUGUGAGAAUAAAUGGUUGAAGUCAAACAUGAAUCAGAACGUGUGAAACAGAUUCUACA